AUGGAGACAGAUGAACAGCAGUUUGACGGACUUCUAGAAAUUCUCGAGAAGAUUAAUGUCUAUGUGAACACGCUGAGAUCAAGGCUUGAAUUAGAAGAAAAUAACAGCAUCUGUGAUAUACCUCAAACAUUGGAAGAAUGUAAACUUAGAGACCAUCAAAUAUUGGGCUGUAGAUGGAUACGAACUUUAUAUGAGAAUGGAAUGAAUGGCAUACUGGCAGAUGAAAUGGGCCUCGGCAAAACUGUUCAGGUUAUUGCUGGUCUGGCUGACUUGAUUGAGUCUGGUGUUUCUGGUCCCUUUUUGAUCAUUUGUCCAUUGUCGCUAAUAUCUGUUUGGUCUGACGAGUUAGCAACGUUCGCACCUCGACUUCCAUGUAUGGUUUAUUAUGGUUCAAUGAAAGAACGUCUAGAACUCCGGAAAUUUAUUCGUAAACGUAUUCAUAUAUCUCUUGAUGGCCCAAUAAAAGUCCCUCUAUUUAAAGUGUAUGAAAGAUCACAGAAUAAUGGCUUUGUAGAAAAAAAAGCUAUGCCUCAGUGUAACGAAGGUCAAGCAGUUUCUAGUAGUAGUGAUAAUUUAUCUUAUCAAACAAGUUCAUUCUGUUCAGAGACUGAAGAAAAUAACUCUAUUGUUUCACUUUCUGUUAGCUCUUGUUCAUUACCUAGCUACUCUUCAGCACCAAAAAGAAUGCGUACACACAAAGAUGAAAUGAAUAUUUCUCAAAACCAUGAGAUAAAAUAUUCCUCUAUUGAUGUAGUCGAUAGUAUAAUUUCUGAAGUAUUGUCAAGUUUUGAUGAUCAUGAGGACAAAAAUGUGUUAAAGGAUAACUCCAGUCCAAGUUACUCAGGGGAAGAAAAUUUCAAAAUUAAAAUUGAUCCUGAAGCUGAGAAAAUGUCACCAAAUGAGACUGAAGAAGGACGUUCGGAUUGUUUAGUCAAUAGAAACGUAGGUGUACCUGAUGCAAUGCCAACAACACCCGUCCAAAAUCAUCAUACGGAGAAUAAUUGUAUAAAUAUUACAGAAUCACCAUCAAGUGAAGCUAUUAUAUGUGAUGACGUUCAACUUCAAAGUGCUAGGGAUGAAUAUCCCACUGAGGAUAAAGAACAUAUGUGCUGUAACCAAACAGAAACGGUAGAUCCUUGCAUAUCUAAUUCCAAUGUCGAAGAGGAUUGUGUCAUUGCUUCUCCAUCAAAAAUCAGCUCUAGCUCACUUCAGAUUUAUACAGAAGAUGAAAAUUCUUCAGUUCCUCCUGAGAUUUCAGGAGAACAUACUGAUGUUACAGUUGGGUGCACGCAAGAUAAUACCCCUACUGAUUUGAAUUCAUCUUGCCUUACUGAUGAGAAGGCAUCAUCUGAUUUCCCAUCUAGCUUGCCAUUAUGUAAACCCACAGUAACUGAUUCUACACAAACUGAAGAUCAACUGAUAGCUUUAGCUCAUUUAGAUGAUAUUAUCACUAAUGUUAUUAAUGACUACCAAAAUACAAAUGCGGAAACAAUCGCCGACUGUGAACAUUCAGAAUCUUCGACAAAUACUAAACUUACCGGCAAUAUAUUCACAAGCUGUAUAGAAGAACAAUCAACAACCGAAAAAGUUCAUAUUGAUCACGCAAAUAAUGAUCGGAGCGGUAACCAUGAUCUACAACAGGAAUAUCAUUUAAACAUAGAUUCACACUAUGAAAGCUCAACAUAUUCUACUUCUAACAGCUCAAUAUCUAAGGAGGUCAAUUCAUCCAGUUUCAAGACUUGUCCAAUCAUACUGACAACAUUUGAUGUAGCUAUUCGUGAUGCAGGUUACCUGAAGAAUGUUCCAUUUAAGGCGUUGAUUAUCGACGAAGGACAUAGACUAAAGAAUCCUUUAUCAAAAUUAUACAAAUGUUUGACAAAAUUUUCAGUUGGUUUACGUCUACUCGUCACUGGGACACCAUUACAAAAUCGUCUUUCUGAGCUUUGGUCAUUGUUGCAUUUUAUACUGCCUGAAAUAUUUACUUCACUGGCUAUGUUCGAAAGUUGGUUCGAUCCUGCUGUAUUAUGCAAUGCAUCUGGUCAAAAUCGUUUAGUUGCUGCUGAAAUGGAAAGUUCCCUAAUUACAAAACUUCAUCAAAUUAUUCAUCCAUUCAUACUUCGUCGAUCAAAAAUUGAAGUUAAUUUAAAAUUACCUCCAAAGAAGGAAAUAGUACUACGAGUAAAUAUGUCACCUAUUCAAAAGAAGUUAUAUGAUUAUAUUGUUGAUAUUCUACUAAAAAAUCAAAAUCUGUGUGAUUUGAGUGCUUUAUUAAGAAAUAAAUCAAACAAUUACAGAGUUGGAUGUACAUGGACUUGUAUUGAUAAAUUUAAUAUACUUGAGGAGUCUGCAACCCGUCAUAAACGUCGUCGAAAUAAGUCUCAUUCUCCUCGACUCACUAGAAGUACAAGCUCCAAAAUCAAUUCCACAGAAAUGACAUUUAAAAACGAAUCUACAAAGACGGAAGUUGAUUUUGAAUUUGUAUUGCUGCCGAAUAUUAGCUUGAAUAACGGGUUCAUGCUUUUACGACGGAUUGUCAAUCAUCCAUUCUUGGUUAUUGAAAGACCAUCUUCACUUCAAGAGAAUUCAUCUUCUGUUAUUAUUCCUGACUCGCCAAAUAACAUUUGUGGAGAUUCGGACAAUGCGUCAGUAGAAAAAGAAGAUAUGUCUGUUCUUACAGUUGAGCAGAAAGAGUUAAUUGAAGCGAGCGGGAAGACGCGUCUACUUGAUCGUCUUCUUCAAAGGUUGAUUGGAGAUGGACAUAAAGUAGUUGUUUUCUCUCAGUUCACAAUGAUUUUAGAUCUAUUGGAAGAGUUAUUAGACUGUCGAUCAUUACCUUUUGUAAGAAUUGAUGGUUCAACAAGAAUUUAUGAUCGCCAAAAUGCUAUUAGACGUUUUAAUCUAGAAAGUGUUGAACGACUUCCAGUAUUUUUGAUAUCAACGAAGGCUGGCGGCUGUGGGAUAAACUUGCAAACAGCUGCAGAUACUGUGAUCAUAUUCGAUUCUGAUUGGAAUCCACAAUCAGAUUUACAAGCUCAGGAUCGUUGUCAUCGUAUUGGACAGACAAAACCUGUUCUUGUUAUUCGAUUAAUUACAAAUGAAUCAAUUGAUGAGAGUAUACUACAACGUGCACAAGCAAAACGUGGUCUUGAACGACUUCUGCUGAAUCAUCGAGUAUCAAGUUUAGAUCCAUCAUUGUAUGAUAAAUCAUUACAAUUUCAUGAAUUAAUGAAUACUGAUGAAAAGGAAAAGAGUGAAAUCGACCUAACUGAGAAAAAAUAUUCUGAAACUUAUGAAGAGGAUUUUCAGCCGCUAAAGAUUUCUGAUGAUCCUAUCUAUGGCAAGACAAAUUUAACCAAGUCAGAACUAAUCGAUUUAUUAAAACAAACUGAUCAUCAAUCGGAUGUACUUGAUGCGUGUAGUUUAACAGAUGAAGAAUUAAACAAACUACUAGAUAGGUCGGAUCUUAUUGAAACUUGGGGAGAAUACAAUAUUGAGGAGAAAGCGUCAUCUAUCAACGAAUGCCCAAAUUCUAGUUAA